AGGGGGUCCACACUGCCUCUUGCCCCUCCUAGAUCUCUUGUUCUCCCCUAGCCCCGCUUCCUUCCUCCAUCCUAUCCCUGUCUCUCUCGGACCUCGGAAAUCUUUCCUCGGAAUGCUCGCCUGUCUCCCCUCCCACCGACGGCCUCUCCCAGGUGGCUCCCCAGGUCUGUCCACACCCCCGGCCCCCACCAGGCCUCGCUGUACCCCUGGCUUGCUCACUGUUGCCCGCUCUGCCUCUUGCCGUCUUUUUUUUCCCCUGGGGCUCUAUUCUCUGCCUCUCGCUCCCUCUCUGUCUCUGUCUCCGUGUCUUUGUCUCGGUCUCUUUCCAGGUCUUCCUCUGUCUGUCUGUCUGUCUUCUUUCCUACUGUCUCCCCGUCUGUCCCCCAACCCCAUCUGUCUAUCCCUGGGGCUCAUAACCACUUCCUGCAUCCAUGAAUGUCUCUCUCCACACCUUCCUCCCUUCCCGCCUCUCCCAUCUCCUUCCCAUCUCUUCCCAGAGGCUCUCUGGCUCUCCUCUGGUCCAAGGUGGACCCAUUUCACCGACUCCCUGAUGGAGGCCCCCUCCCUGCCCCCACCUGGGCACUGACGCCCACAGCGGCUCUCCAGGGACUUUCUCUCCUUCACUUUCCCUGCCCCCAACCAGCCUCUGUCUAUGCAAAUCCCAGGGGAGGGGGGACAUUUGCCUGCUCCCCCCCACCCCCCACUUCCUGCCCCGCUUGAGUGUGGUGGGGCUGGUCUCACACAAGGACACACAGCAGAAGAGCUGUGGUGGUCACAGCUGCAGCCUCCCCCUCCCACCGCACGGGCUCCCAACCACUUGGGAGAUUCAGGUGGCCGAAGGCACCCCUGACAUGCCCUUGUGUGUCUUCCCCUCCAGGCAGGACGGGCCACACUUCAGCUGUCUGUACCCAGAUGGCGUCUUCUACGACCUGGACAGCUGCAAGCACCCCAGCUACCCUGACUCAGAGGGGGCUUCUGACUCCCUGUGGGGCUGGGACCUCAGUCCAGCUGUCCCAGCCGCCUCGUAUGAAGCCUUCAACCCAGCUGUGGCCAACUUCGGCCACCCCCAGGGAGUCCAGCUCUGUUACGGACCCUCGACCUACAGCCCCAUGGGGAGCCUCGACCCGGCCCCCAGCCUAGAGGCCCCAGGGCCCAGCUUCCCAGCGUACCCCACGGAGGAAUUCACCAGCCAGACCGUGGGCCCCCCGGCAUAUGCCCCCUACCCCAGCCCUGUGCUGUCGGAGGAGGAGGAUCUCCUGCUGGAUAGUCCCACCCUGGAGGUUUCAGACAGCGAGUCGGACGAGGCCCUCAUGGCUGGCCCCGAGGGGAGGGGAUCUGAGGCAGGCCUGCUGACCUUCAGAGCCGCUGUGGCAGCGAGGUGGAAGAUGAGAAGAGAUGGAAAAGGCAGUGAGAGCCGGACCAGGCUGAGCUUUGAAGGCCGCGAUAAAGGGCUUGAGACGCAGGCGCUGGUGGGCCCUGAGGGACAAAGCUGUGGUCAGAGGAGCGAGAAGAGGUCUGCCGACAUGCCUGAGGCGAAACCAGCGGCCAAAAAGGCCCCCAAAGGCAAAGACGAGGCCAAACCAGCCCCGAAGGAAGCGGCCCCUAAGGAGGCGCCUGCACAGCCCCCCAAAGAAGCCCCACCUGAGGACCAGUCUCCCACUGCUGAGGAGCCCACUGGCCUUUUCCUGAAGAAGCCGGACUCUGUGUCGGUGGAGAAUGGAAAAGACGCAGUGAUCGUGGCCAAGGUGAACGGGAAGGAGCUCCCAGGGAAACCAGCCAUCAAGUGGUUCAAGGGAAAGUGGCUGGAACUGGGCAGCAAGAGCGGGGCCCGAUUCUCUUUCAAGGAGUCCCACGACUCUGCCAGCAAUGUGUACACCGUGGAGCUGCACAUUGGGAAGGUGGUACUGGGGGACCGCGGGAAUUACCGCCUUGAGGUCAAAGCCAAGGAUGUCUGCGACAGCUGUGCCUUCAACAUCGAUGUGGAGGUGCCCCGUCAGGAUACCUUUGGGCAAGGUCUAGAAAGCUUCAAGCGUUCGGGUGAAGGGAAGUCAGACGAUGGGGGUGAGCUGGAUUUCAGCGGCCUGUUGAAGAAGAGGGAGGUGGUUGAGGAGGAGAAGAAAAAGAAGAAAGAUGAUGAUGACCUAGGCAUCCCACCUGAGAUUUGGGAGCUCCUGAAAGGGGCAAAGAAGAGUGAGUACGAGAAGAUCGCCUUCCAGUAUGGCAUCACGGACCUCCGGGGCAUGCUGAAGCGGCUCAAGAAGGCCAAGGUCGAGGUCAAGAAGAGUGCAGCCUUCACGAAGAAGCUGGAUCCAGCGUACCAAGUGGACAAGGGCAACAAGAUCAAGUUGGUGGUGGAGAUCAGUGACCCAGACCUUCCCCUUAAGUGGUUCAAGAACGGCCAGGAGAUCAAACCAAGUAGCAAGUACGUGUUUGAGAACGUUGGUAAGAAGCGAAUUCUCACCAUCAACAAGUGCACGUUGGCAGACGAUGCUGCUUAUGAGGUCGCUGUCAAAGAUGAGAAGUGUUUCACUGAGCUCUUCGUCAAAGAGCCUCCAGUCCUGAUUGUCACACCACUCGAGGACCAGCAGGUGUUUGUGGGCGACCGGGUGGAAAUGUCAGUGGAGGUGUCAGAAGAUGGCGCCCAGGUCAUGUGGAUGAAAGACGGCGUGGAAUUGACACGGGAGGAUUCCUUCAAGGCUCGAUACCGCUUCAAGAAGGAUGGGAAGCGUCACAUUCUCAUCUACUCGGAAGUGGCCUUGGAGGAUGGGGGUCGCUACCAGGUCAUGACCAAUGGCGGCCAGUGUGAGGCCGAGCUCAUUGUGGAAGAGAAACAGCUGGAGGUCCUACAGGACAUCGCAGAUCUGACGGUGAAGGCCUCAGAACAGGCCGUGUUUAAGUGCGAGGUGUCUGAUGAGAAGGUGACAGGCAAGUGGUACAAGAAUGGGAUCGAGGUGCGACCCAGCAAGAGGAUCACCAUCUCCCACGUGGGGAGAGUCCACAAGCUGGUGAUCGAUGACGUCCGCCCUGAGGAUGAGGGGGACUACACAUUCGUGCCCGAUGGCUAUGCCCUGUCCCUCUCGGCCAAGCUCAACUUCCUGGAAAUCAAGGUGGAGUAUGUACCCAAGCAAGAGCCACCAAAGAUCCACCUGGACUGCUCGGGAAAGACCUCAGAGAAUUCGAUUGUGGUUGUGGCCGGAAACAAGCUGAGGCUCGACGUGUCCAUCACUGGGGAGCCUCGUCCUGUCGCCACCUGGCUGAAGGAGGAUGAGGUGUUCACGGCCCCCGAGGGCAGGAUCCACAUCGAGACUCAGCCAGACUCCAGCAGCUUCGUGAUCGAGAGUGCCGAUCGGGCGGACGAGGGCCGCUACACCAUCAAGGUCACCAACCCCGUGGGCGAGGAUGUGGCCUCCAUCUUCUUGCGGGUUGUGGAUGUCCCGGACCCCCCAGAGGCUGUGCGUGUCACCUCAGUUGGCGAGGAUUGGGCCAUCCUUGUCUGGGAGCCACCCAAGUAUGACGGGGGGCAGCCAAUCACUGGGUACCUCCUGGAGCGGAAGAAGAAGGGCUCUCAGCGCUGGAUGAAGCUGAACUUUGAGGUCUUUACCGAGACGACCUACGAGUCCACCAAGAUGAUCGAGGGCAUUCUCUACGAGAUGCGGGUCUUUGCCGUCAACGCCAUUGGGGUUUCCCAGCCCAGCAUGAACACCAAGCCCUUCAUGCCCAUUGCGCCCACGAGCGAGCCCCAGCACCUGACGGUGGAAGACGUGACAGACACCACCACCACCCUCAAGUGGAGGCCCCCAGAUAGGAUUGGGGCCGGCGGCAUCGAUGGGUACCUGGUGGAGUACUGCCUGGAGGGCUCCGAGGACUGGGUCCCCGCUAACACGGAGCCCGUGGAGCGCUGCGGCUUCACGGUCAAGAAUCUCCCCACAGGAGCGAAAAUCCUGUUCCGGGUGGUGGCGGUCAACAUCGCGGGGCGCAGCCAGCCGGCCACCCUGUUUCAGCCGGUCACCAUCCGGGAGAUUGCAGAGCCACCCAAGAUCCGGCUGCCCCGCCAUCUCCGCCAGACUUACGUCCGCAAAGUGGGGGAGCAGCUCAACCUCGUCAUCCCCUUCCAGGGAAAGCCGCGGCCGCAGGUGGUGUGGACCAAGGGCGGGGCGCCCGUGGACACCUCCCGCGUGCACGUGCACACCAGCGACUUCGACACCGUGUUCUUCGUGCGCCAGGCGGCGCGCUCGGACUCGGGGGAGUACGAGCUGAGCGUGCAGAUCGAGAACAUGAAGGACACGGCCACCAUCCGCAUCCGGGUCGUGGAAAAGGCAGGGCCCCCGGAGAACGUGAUGGUGAAGGAGGUGUGGGGCACCAACGCGCUGGUGGAGUGGCAGCCGCCCAGAGACAAUGGGAACAGUGAGAUCACGGGCUAUUUUGUGCAGAAGGCCGACAAGAAAACCAUGGAGUGGUUCACCGUCUACGAGCACAACCGGCACACCUCCUGUACCGUGUCUGACCUCAUCGUGGGCAACGAGUAUUACUUCCGCGUCUAUAGCGAGAAUAUCUGUGGGCUCAGUGACUCGCCCGGCGUCUCCAAGAACACGGCCCGGAUCCUCAAGACGGGUCUCACCUUCAGACCGUUUGAGUACAAGGAGCAUGACUUCCGAACACCUCCCAAGUUCCUGACGCCUCUACCAGACCGCGUGGUCGUGGCUGGUUACUCUGCGGCUCUCAACUGUGCGGUCAGAGGUCACCCAAAGCCGAAGGUGGUCUGGAUGAAGAACAAGAUGGAAAUCCGCGAAGACCCCAAGUUCCUGAUGACCAACCACCAGGGAGUCCUGACGCUGAACAUCCGCCGCCCGUCCCCCUUCGACGCGGGGACUUACUCCUGUAGGGCUGUCAACGAGCUGGGGGAGGCCCUGGCCGAGUGCAAGCUGGAAGUCCGAGUGCCACAGUGAGACCCUCUCUUUGACCUGUCAAGAUUAUUGGCUGCUGAGUCCUAAUGGACCUCCCUGAAUGCCGUUUCCCUUCCCAGAAUCACCACUGAGAAGAUAAUAGUCUUGUCUACAACCUG